UUGUCCGGUUCACCUCCCCCUCCCGGCCGGCCGUUCCAGAGCUUCUGGUUGCUUCCGCCUCCUCGGCCGCAUCCGCACAUGUAGCGCCACUGUCCGCGAGGCCGGCGAGGGAGCCAGCUACGGAAACCCCCAUCCUCUCGAGUCUCGACACGACGCAACCCAAUCCUCCAGUUCCGACCCCAUGGCGAUGCUGCUCCGCAAGGUGUGGGGAUCCGUGCUCGCGCGCGCGGCGUUGGGGGCGCCGGGGCCCGGCCCGGCGGCCCCCGGCUCCCCGCGGGGCGGCCGCCGCGCGCAGCCGGCCGCCGAGCGGUACAGCGCGUCGCUGUCGCUGGGCGCGCUCGACGCCGUCCCGACCGACGUGCUCGCGCAGAUCCUGCGCCUGCUGGGCCCCGUCGACGCCGCACGCUCCACGGCCGUCUGCCGCGCCUGGCGCAUCCUCGCCUCCGACAACGGCCUCUGGGCCUUCUUCCUGCGCCUCGGCCCCGACCCGUGGGACCUCGUCGUCUUCGCCGAGACGCACCUCGCCGCCGGCCCCGACUCGCACCCGUGGUUGUACUACGAUAACUCGCCGCAGCUAUCGUUCAAACAGAUUUACGGCCUCCGAGCGGUGGUCCCGGGUACUCUCAUAGUCGAUGGUGGAUCUGGGUAUUGCAAGUAUGGCUGGAGCAAGUAUGCUGCUCCUUCUGGGCGUUGUGCGACAUUCUUGGAAUUCGGUAACAUUGAAUCACCUAUGUAUGCAAGGCUUCGUCACUUCUUCUCUACAAUCUAUACAAGGAUGCAAGUAAAGCCUUCCACUCAACCAGUUAUUGUUGUCCUUCCACUGAAUCACACUGAUGAUACUGACUCUGCUAGGGCCUCAAGAAAGCAAUACAAGGAAACAAUAUACUCUGUCUUGUUUGAUAUGAAUGUUCCUGCUGUUUGCGCUGUUGAUCAAGCAGUUUUAUCUUUGUAUGCUUCUAAGCGGACCUCUGGCAUUGUUGUCCACAUUGGAUUCAAUACCACUUCUGUUGUUCCCAUCUUUGAAGGCAGGGUAAUGUAUGAGAUAGGUGUUGAAACUGUGGGGCAAGGUGCCCUUAAACUCACUGGAUUUCUUAAGGAGUUAAUGCACCAGAGAAAUAUAUCUUGCGAGUCACUGUAUACUGUCCGGACCAUCAAGGAGAAACUUUGCUACGUAGCGGCUGAUUACGAAGCUGAACUACGUAAAGGUACACAAGCUUCUUGUGAGGUUGAUGGUGAAGGGUGGUUCACUCUGUCGGAAGAGAGAUUCAAGACUGCUGAAAUUCUAUUUCAGCCCCACAUGGGAGGAAUGCCUGCUAUGGGCUUGCAUAAAGCAGUAUCUCUAUGUAUGGAUCACUGCUAUAAUUCAGAAGUGGUUGGUGAUGACAGCUGGUACAAGACGGUUGUUUUAGCUGGUGGAUCGUCAUGCUUACCUGGUUUACCAGAGAGGCUGGAGAAAGAGCUUCAACAGCUUCUUCCACAUUACAUUUCAGAAGGAAUAAGAGUACUUCCUCCUCCGUUUGGCACUGAUUCUGCCUGGUUUGGUGCAAAGAUGAUUAGCAAUGUGAGUACUUUCACUGAGGCAUGGUGUGUAAAGAAGAAGCAGUUUCGCCAGAAGAUACGCAGGAAUGGUCCGUUGUUUGUAAAUUCUUGGUAAUAAGAAUCUCAUUGGUACAGUUACGAUUGCACGGCGAUGAGUCGUGGUCAGAAAAUAAAACAUGGAGUUUCCAUGGAGCUAUUCUCCGUAUCCAAAACAUGGUACGAGCAUCCAGUCCAUACUCCACCGGUUUAUAAGACACUAAGUACAUAUCAAGUACAUGGAUUAUGAGCAAAUGUAUCAUAGGUUAUAGUUGUUAUAGCAUGUUUUUGGAAGUUCAUUGUUGUUACAGGAUGUUCAGCGGAACAAUUCUUUUGUUAUUGGUACAGUCAUCCUGGUCUGUAAUUAUUUAUAUGGAGUUGGGUACGAUACAAAAUGCUGUCAUGUGUUAUACAUCUUGUAAAUGAAAUACUCGUUUUAAAACAUACUGACGUUUUGCAAAUAUAUGUUUGUCA